AUGCAUGAAGAUUUAUUUUUCCCCAGACUCAAUGAUCUUCAAAACCAUCAACUGGAAAAAUGUUCUUCUGACGAAGAUGUCUCUGAAUAUCUUUCAUUGAUGCGUUUUCCUAGAACUCAAGCCGAGUUGGAUGAUCUUGCGGAGAAUCAAAACGACGAUGGAAAGCGCAAGAGUAUUCGGGGCUCCCCACGUUGUACCUGUAAAUCCGUGUUGAGGUAUUUAUAUUCUCUGUUUCCUAUUGUCAGCGUAUUGCGUCAUUACAAAAUCAAAGAAUACCUCCUGAAAGAUGCUGUCAGUGGUCUGUCGACAGCCUGUUUGCAUUUUCCGCAAGGUAUGGCUUUCGGUAUACUAUCUUCUCUAGCUCCAAAAUAUGGACUUUACACGUCAUUCUUUCCUGUUGUUUUAUAUGUAAUUUUCGGAACCUGUCCGUUUGUGUCGUUCGGAACAAACGCCGUCAUCUCCUUGUUCACUGCAAAUCUCAUACAGAGUCAGGUGACUACACCGGCCUCGAGUGGAGGCGCUUACAGUUCCAACAACACUGACGAACAAAUCAGUGAGGAGGAUUUUGUGGAAAUGAAAGCAGCCAUCGCAGCUGGUUCCUCGUUUAUAGUGGGGGUACUGCUUCUUGUUUUGGGAUUAUUAAGACUUGGAUUCAUUGCAUCAUACAUGUCAUCACCUUUUGUUGGAGCCUUCACAACCACUGCUGCUAUCCACAUCAUGACCAGCCAGGUUCCAAAGAGCCUUGGAGUUCGAAUACCCUUGAUUUCGGGUCCUGGCAAGAUUGUAAUAACAUAUAUCGAAAUUUUUAAGAAAAUCACAACGGCUAAUGUUGGUUCCAUUGUCACAUCCAUUGUGUGCAUAAUAAUUUUAAUAUUUGUGAAAGAUUUCAUCAAUGAAAAAUUCAAAUCGAAAAUGUUUAUGCCAAUUCCAAUAGACCUUAUUCUGGUGAUUUUGGGUAGUGUCGUGUCUUAUUUUGGCGAAUUAGAUUCCCAGUACAGGAUUCCAGUCGUCGGCAAUAUUCCUCCAGGUGUACCGACCCCCACCCUCCCAGACCUCAGAAGUGGCAUCAUAGGAAAUUCUAUUGUUAUUGCUAUCAUCGUAUUUGUUCUGACCAUAUCAAUGACCAAAGUAUGCGAAUCUAAGAACGCCAUCAAUGCUGAUCAGGAGCUUGUGGCAUAUGGAAUGUCCAACUUUGGCAGUUCUUUCUUCUCUUGCUUUCCCUCAUGCGUGGCACCACCGCGUACCAUCUUACUUAAAUCUAUGGACGCUAAAACUACCAUAAAUGGGAUUUUCUCUGCCCUAGUGAUUUUGCUUAUAUUGCUAUUUUUGGGAGAAUAUUUUCAGUACUUACCGUUACCUGUGCUGUCUAUAAUGGUCAUCAUGGCGGUAAAGAACCUGCUUCUACAAUUUCGCAAUUUACCCCGGUUAUGGAGGAUAAACAAAUAUGAUUUUACUGUUUGGAUUGCUACGUUAGCUACUGGAGUAUUCAUUGACUUUCCAUAUGCUUUAUACUGCGGUGUAGGAUUAAGUGUUUUUCUGGUAGUGUUUCAAAGCCAGAGAGGGAAAAAAGGAUUGAUUGGAAAACUGCGAAAUGAAGACUUGUACAUCGGAGAAACAAACUUUACAGUUUUACCUCCUGGUGUAAAGGUCUUCAAAAUGGAAUCCUCACUUUACUUUGCAACAUCAGAAUUCUUUCGUGAAAGUCUUUAUCGAGUAGCAUGGGACCCUAGAACACAAAACCCCGAGGAUUCAAACGAAGUCACCCUCUCCGUGGAGUCCAUUCCUACCAAGGGUGACGAUAAAACGGAAGUCACCCUCUCCGUGGAGUCCACUCCUACCAAGGGUGAUGAUAAAACGGAAGCAGAGAAUACAAGCAGCAACGAGAGGCUUGUUAUAAUUGACUGUUCUUCCUUUAACUAUGUAGAUGUCAAUGGAAUUUCCACACUCUCGCUCGUUGUCAAAGAAUACCGCUAUGUUGGGAUUAAGGUUCUCUUAAUUAGAUGUACAGAUAGUUUUCUGUCCGUUAUGAGGAGGUCAGAGCUCAUAGAAACAGUAGGUGAAGAAAAUAUUUUUCCGGAUAUUGUGGAUGCUAUAGCACUAAAUAUUUCAACUAAUUCUACUCGUCUUUAGAGCAUUAAUAAAUUUUAAAUUA